AAGAAAGAAGCAAAAGAGAUGUGUCAUUUAUGCAGCAUGCGUGAUGAAUACACUCCACUGCAGACAAUGUCUGUCAUUCAAGAUGUCAAAGCACCAGACAUUUCUGCAAGAGGGGAGCUAAAUGUCGCAGAAGUAACAGCUACUACUUCCCCCAUAAACGAGGAGAAAGGGCACUACACGAAUCAAGGACAGUUUAGGAAAAACAAAACACACACGAGUUCAGAAUUAAUGGAAAAAGAAAACAAAGCAUCGCUGGAUGGAAAUCUAGCAGGACAAGAGGAGUCCCAGAACAAAAUGUGCCCAGAUAGGACUGAAAAUGAAGAUGGUAAACAAAGGAGUCACAUGACUGCCGAGAACAUAAAUGGCAACAAGGAAGAGAUUCAUGGCAUAAUCCAGACAACAGAAAGAGAAACACAAGAGAUCUCAGAAAGCCAAGGAGAAGAGAUUACCACAUCUUCAGUGACACAUGACAGCUUCAGUACACAUGAGGAUUGUCUUCUUUCCAAUGAUUCAGAGAGUGUCAACAAAAAGGCAAACAUAAUGGAGAAGGAGUUUCUUGAUGUGUUAAAUGACGGAACCGGACCUCAAGUGUCUUGCUAUGUUACAGCACCAUUAUAUGUAUUACAACACUUAGAAUCCCGAAUAAUUAAUAACAUGAGUUCUUUAAUACUGAAUGAUAAUGAAGAGCUGGUCAGCAAUGUUAUCAGUAUUGAGUUCUUAGAUCCAGAAAAGAGAAUUCCAUUUCCAAUAUGCAUUGCAAUUCCAUUUACUGCACGUUAUAGGGGAAAUUACAGAGACAUCAUGGUGAAAGUGUCUGACUUAAGCCUUCAAUCAAGUUACCUAACCCCAAAGUCACUAGAAGGACCAAGAAGAAGUGCUAAGGGAAGGACCUGCGCCGAAGUGAAAGUUUACAAGUUGGGUAUUUUCUCUGUGGUGUCUUGUUUAAAGAAAGAAUCCUUCAUGAUAACAAAGAAAGGCCUUACUCUUAAGCCAAGUGUGGAUUCACGGAUUUCCUUACAUUACCCUCCAGGAGUUUUCAGUUCACCAGUGCUUGUACAACUAAAAGUAAGUACUGACCCUUGGACGAAAAAUAUUUCCAUAAGAAAAUCUGGGAGCAAUGCCUGUGAGACUUUCAAAUUACUAGGAUUCAGAAGCCAAACUGGUGGUUGGUUUGACCUUGAUGAUACUGUAGUGAGAACCAUGCAAACUGGCUUGGUAUCAUUUGAGUUGUUUGAACAUCUAGAGAGGUUUAUUGUGCUUCACCUCUCUUCCACUGUGGACAAUAGCCACUUGGUUUCUUUUGUGAAAUCUUUAGAGGAAGCCACAUGCAGCACCACUGCCUCUGUAAUAGCCCAUCAUCAGAAAGAUCAUCCUCAUCGAGUGGUGAUUUUAGUGGUGCCUUAUAAAGAUUUAAACCAGGAACUUAAGAACUUGCGCUUAGGUGGAUUCCAUGGUCCCCCAGAGCCAUCUCGCCAUUUCCAAUUGAGAGAAGGAGAACAACUUCUUUUAAGGUUUACUGGGAACAUAUUUGCUUCAAGGAAGCAGUUGCUGAGUGUGCAUAUGUACAGACUUCAUGAAAAAUUAAUCAAUCGUCCACAGAGUACCAAAAGAAUAUCUACAGAUCCUUUAGAAGCCCUCUGGGAUAACUUGCUGUACUGGUUGGCAGAGGAACUCUCAGAAGAAAGUGCCAUGUCUCUGUCUGCAUCUCUCCCUCUCCACCGCAGCACCAUUCAACUCAUCAAACUCAAGAACCCUGACCAGCUCACAGAACAGAUCCACGAACUUCUCAGCUUCUGGAAGAAAUCCCUCCCAACUUCAACUGACAAGAUUCGCCUUUUGGCUCGUCAUCUUCGCAAGAUUGGCAGGGCUGAUCUUUCAGAAGAACUCAAAUUUAAGUGGGAAAAUAAGGUGUUCACUGAACCAGAGCAGUGGUUUGACAUGGCAGAGUAA